AUGGCGGACGUCGUGGCACAGCCAUUGCAGAGCGCACCACACGGCAAGAAGCGCGCGGGCGACAACUCGCUGGAGCAUGAGCAGCGCCUGAGCAAGCGCUUUGAUCUGCUGAAUCUAGUCAACAGCAAUGGCACACGCCUCUACAUCCCCGUCUCUGGCUCUGGCUCUGGCUCUACUCCUACCACUGCACCCCCGCCCGCCAUAACCCCCAAGCCGCGCCCCCAAUCACCCCCCGAAGAAGCAAUGCACAUCGAAGACACGCCGCACCGCAUCUACAUCGCCGACCUGGCCGCUGAGCUCAGCGACAUCCCCUCGGACGACGAACACCCCAUCUUCCUGUCCGACAUCGAGAAGCAUCUGUCCAAGAUCCCCUUGCACGUCUUGGCCGGCCCGACGCCCAAGCCCACCGAGCACAACCAGGUCGUGCUGUACAAUGUGCCUGCUAGCUUGACUGUGCCGGCGGAGCAGGAUAGUGUGCGGAAGGCUAUUGUUGAGACGCGGCGUAGGAUUAGGGAGAGGCAGGGGAGUGCGGUGGAUGAGGUGCAUGUACCGCUGGAGACGCGUCAGGAUGAGGCGUCCCAGAUGGACAAUGAUUACGACGCCAUGGACAUCGACUGA